AUGUCCAAGUCUCGCAUGCCUCUCGUCCUCGGCCUAGGCGCUGCAGGUGGUGUAGGUUACUACUUUUACAAAGCAGGCGGCAACGCCAAAGCAGCAGAGAACAAGUUCGAAAGCGACGUCCAUCGCGCAUCGGCAUCAGUCAAGUCCCAUGUCCCCGGUAACUCGCCCAACGCCGAGAAGCAAGGCAAGCAAUACGGUGCUGAAGUUGGUUCCAAGAUUGACAAGGCUGUCUCCGACGCAGACCGACGUGCCUCACAGGCCAAGAGCGAAGUCCAGGCUUACACAAAGGAUGCCAAGGCCGAGGCCCUCAAGGCUGUCGACAAGUUUGACAACAAGGUCGAGGAGGGCGCUUCCAAGGCGAAGGGGUGGUUUGGCAGUGGGAAAUAA